AAAUGAGCAGCCGCCUCCUCCCCGGCCCCGGCUGCUCAGCACGUGCCUUUCGGAGGGUGAGAGGUGAGGCAGUAGUGGUCGGUCCGCCUCUUGCCAAGGAUGGGAGAAAAAGUGAGGAGCAUGUUCUCCAUGAAACAGUUCCCUGCCCUGCCUCCAGAAGAGCGUUAUCGGCAAGUCCUGGCGCAGCCUGAGCGGGUCUUGGGAGCUGACGAAGGCAGCAUGGGUGGCGGUUGUUCUCAGAAGCUGGCCUCCGCCAAAAACCUCCGCCUUUUACUGCUGGUCUUGAUCCCGUGUAUCUGUGCCCUCGUUCUCCUAUUGGUGAUCCUGCUCACCUUUGUAGGUUCAUUAGAAAAAAACUAUUUUAGUGCAAAUGAGAGUGACUUGCUUGUCCAUGAUGAUGGCAUCCAAGUAGCAGAUAUUCUUCCGACCCACCUUCACAACGGUUCCCCUGUGAUAGCUACCACAGUCAGUCCCAGCCAGCAGACUCCAACCUCCUGGACCAUCUAUCCUUCUUCCCACAAAGACCAAAUGAACCGAAACACAAGUGCCUGUGUAAACAUUGUCAACAGCCAGUGUCAAAUUCUGCCUUACAACCACACUACUCUGACAUCCGCUGUGUCCAUCGUGAAAUCAGCUGAACUGGAAAAGUUCUUGAAGUUCUUCAGUUAUCUCAACCGCCUCGGUUGCUAUCAGCACAUCAUGCUAUUUGGCUGUAGCAUGGCUUUCCCUGAGUGCGUCAGUGAUGGCGAUGACAGCCAUGGACUCCUGCCCUGUAGGUCUUUUUGUGAAAUUGCAAAAGAAGGCUGUGAACCGGUUCUGGGAAUGGUGAAUUUUUCCUGGCCUGAAUUUCUCAAAUGCUCCCAGUUUAGUGACCACAGCAAUAGCGACAUCAGGAGGGUCUGCUUCUUCCCGCCGCAGGAACCAGAAGAAGAAUUCCUGUGUGGAGAAAGAGAGAGCUUUCUGUGCACCAGUGGAAUCUGCAUUCCCAGGAAGCUGCAGUGUAACGGAUUCAAUGAUUGUGAUGAUUGGAGUGACGAGAAGUAUUGCAAUUGUAGUGAAGAUCUAUUUCGCUGUCAUACAGGAAAAUGCCUUAAUUACAGUUUUGUAUGUGAUGGAUAUAAUGACUGUGGGGACCUAAGUGAUGAAGAAAACUGUGACUGUAAUCCUGAAAAGGAAUAUCGCUGUGGGGAUGGCCGCUGCAUAGCACUGGACUGGGUGUGUGAUGGCGACCAUGACUGCCUAGAUAAGUCAGAUGAAGUCAAUUGCUCAUGUCACAGUCAGGGUCUUCUGGAGUGUGGCAAUGGCCAGUGCAUCCCCAGCGCUUUCCGGUGUGACGGUGACGAGGAUUGUAAAGAUGGAAGUGAUGAACAAAACUGUAGCAACAGUCAGACCCCAUGUCUGGAAGGCGAUCAGAAAUGCAGCUUCAAUUCCUGCGCGGAUGCAUGUGGUGGGAGCUCACUUUGCGACUCAGACAGCAAUCAGAGCAACUGUAGUCAAUGUGAGCCAAUCACCCUGGAACUUUGCCUCAACCUUCCCUAUAAUUAUACCCAUUUCCCAAACUAUCUCGGCCACAGGACUCAGAAAGAUGCUUCUGUCAGCUGGGAGUCCUCCCUCUUCCCGGCCCUCGUUCAGACCAACUGUUACAAAUAUCUCAUGUUCUUCGCUUGUACUAUCUUAGUACCAAAAUGUGAUCCACAUACAAACCAACACAUCCCACCCUGCAGGGUGCUGUGUGAACAUUCCAAAGAACGUUGUGAAUCUGUGCUCGGGAUUGUAGGGCUUCAGUGGCCAGAAGACACAGAUUGCACUCAAUUUCCAGAGGAAAAUUCGGAUAACCAAACCUGCCUAAUGCCUGAUGAAGAUGUAGAAGAGUGCUCCCCUAGUCAUUUCAAGUGCCGCUCUGGAAGGUGCAUUCUGGCGUCCAGAAGAUGUGAUGGGCAGGCUGACUGUGAGGAUGAUAGUGAUGAAGAUCACUGCGGGUGCCAGGAGAGAGGGCUUUGGGAAUGUCCUGGCAGCAAACUGUGUAUCAAGCAUGAAAUGGUUUGUGAUGGGUUUCCAGACUGUCCUGAUAAGAUGGAUGAAAAAAACUGCUCAUUUUGCCAAGAAGAUGAAAUAGAGUGCGCCAAUCAUGAUUGUGUGUCUCGUGAUCUGUGGUGUGAUGGCGGAGUACAUUGUUCAGACAGCUCAGAUGAAUGGGACUGUGUGACAUUAUCUAAGAACACGAACUCCUCCACGUUCCUGACCGUUCAUCGGUCUGCCACCGACCACCAAGUCUGUGCUGAUAACUGGCAAGAGACCUUGAGUCAACUGGCCUGCAAGCAGAUGGGUUUAGGAGAGCCAUCAGUGACAGAAAUUGUACGGGAACAGAGAAAUCAUCGGAAGUGGUUGACUUUGCGCUCAGACUGGCAGCACAAAAAUACAAGCACUCUCCAUGAACUGUUAGUGGCGGGGCUCCCUUGUCAAAGCAGAAGUCGGAUUUCUCUUUUGUGUUCUGAACAAGACUGUGGCCGUCGCCCUGCAGCUCGUAUGUACAAGAGGAUUCUGGGUGGCAGGACGAGCCGCCCUGGAAGGUGGCCGUGGCAGUGCUCCCUGCAGAGUGAACCAAGUGGACACAUUUGUGGCUGUGUUCUGAUUGCCAAAAAAUGGGUUCUGACCGUUGCUCACUGCUUUGAGGGGAGAGAAAAUGCUGCUAUGUGGAAGGUGGUUCUUGGUAUAAACAAUCUGGAUCACCCAUCGAUCUUCAUGCAGACACGGCUGGUGAAGACGAUUAUUUUACAUCCUCGAUAUAACAGGGCAGUGGUUGACUAUGACAUCAGCAUUGUGGAGCUGAAUGAAGAUAUCAAUGAGACCAGUUAUGUCCGUCCGGUCUGCUUGCCCAGAUCCCAGCAGGUGGUGGAACCCGAUACCUACUGCUAUAUCACAGGCUGGGGACACAUGGGCAACAAAAUGCCUUUUAAACUUCAAGAGGGAGAAGUCCGUAUUAUUUCCCUGGAACAGUGUCAAUCCUACUUUGAUAUGAAAACAAUUACUACCAGAAUGAUAUGUGCGGGUUAUGAGUCCGGCACUGUGGACUCCUGUAUGGGCGACAGUGGCGGGCCUCUUGUUUGUGAGCAUCCUGGAGGCCAGUGGACAUUGUUUGGCCUGACAUCGUGGGGCUCAGUCUGCUUUUCCAAAGUAUUGGGACCUGGUGUUUAUAGUAAUGUUUCACAUUUUGUUGAGUGGAUCGAACGGCAAAUAUACAUCCAUACCUUUCUGCUCAACUGAUUCCUAGAGUAGAGAAAGACUGCCUCUUCAACUGUGAAGACCUUGUUUUGGGGAACACUGAAGGAAGCACUUUCUACCAGAAGAUAAUGUGAUGGUGUGAUCCAGAUGAGUGACCUUUCACCAUCUAAGGCAGAUACUGCUGGCUUUCUUACUGUUAUUUGCUCUAAUUUUAUUUGUACAUGCGCUUGUGCGCUCUCUCUCUCUCUCUCUC